GCAGGUCGGCAUGUCUUCAUCCUCCACGUACACCAUAAAGUCUUUGAUUCCAUGGCAUGAUAUGAUGACUGAUGCCAAGAAAGAAAGAUCCCAUUUUUCCUCCGAGCCGAGGUGUGUCAUGGUGCAAUUAGGAGACAGGUGUAAUCGUUACUCCUUAGCCAUCUAGCUCCAUUUGAUUAGAAUAUAUUUUAUCUGUAGAGUGUAAAGACAACAACCUUUUCCUGCAUUGUUGAAACUUUUCUUGCCUUAAUCGUUAAACAAAGGUAAGUUCCCCCCCUUUUGCAUCCUCUGCUUCAAUCUUAUUUUGGGGUUCUGUUCCAUAUGUUCUGGAGGACCCAGUUUGUGAUUUAGGUUAUGAAAUAGAGUUUGGUGGAGUUCAUGAUGAUUUCGUUAGAUUUUUAAGUCUCUGGAAGAGAGUUUGAUUGAAGAUCUUUGAUGGGUUUUGGGGUUUCCGUAUAUGAAGACAAGAGGUGUAUGAUUUUCUUGAAUGUAUCAUUCCUUUUGGUGGCGUGUGUGUUUUUGAUUGUACAGUUGAGCUCUUCUGGUUCAGGGUUUGUUGUUCUGAGUAGUUCCCAUCCCUUCAAUGAAGGCCGUCAGCAACAGUGUUCCAGCAUACACGGUCUUGAUGGCUACAAAGCCAAGUGCCUUCGCCUAAAAUCAAAUGAACCAUGUGUCUCUCAAGGUUAUAUUGAUUAUCUUCGCAUUUUUUACUGCAAUUUUGGAAGAUUUCCCCCUUUAGGUCUCUCUGUCUUUUUCCUCUGGCUUCUAGUUUUGUUCUAUCUAUUAGGGAGCACGGCAUCUGAAUACUUUUGUUCUUUACUUCAAAACUUAUCAAGACUAUUGAAAUUGUCUCCCACUAUUGCUGGAAUUACUCUGCUUGCUCUUGGGAAUGGUUCCCCAGAUGUUUUUGCCAGUCUAGCUUCUUUGAUGGAUAGCGGUACAUUGGAUAUUGGGCUUAAUUCUGUCUUAGGGGGUACUUCUUUUGUAACUUGUGCUGUGGUUGGAAUCAUAAGCUUUAUGGUGCACAAAAGAAGGGUUCAAGUCAACAAGUGUGACUUGAUUAGAGAUGUCUCAUUCCUCCUUUUAGUUCUUGCAUCCUUGAUUAUCAUCUUAACCCUCGGUCGAGUAAAUCUUUUGGGUGCUCUGGGUUUUACCUCGAUGUAUAUCGUUUAUGUGAUUGUCGUGUGCAUCUCUCAUGUCCCUUGGAUAAAUGGCGGAAGGGUCAUGGAACUGGAUGCUAAUUCAAGUUUUAGUAGCGAUUUAAGUGUACCAAUUUUAAGUGCCAUGGAGAAACAAGACCUUAAUUUUGUAGAGGAGACAACUCUAGACGGUGAUAAUAGAUUAGAAGCAAGGAAUUGCUGCUUUCAUACGAGAACAUCAGCAUCUUGUCGCAUGCUUCUUUAUAUCCUUGAAAUGCCUCUUGACUUACCAAGGAGAUUGACAAUUCCUGUUGUCUGUGAAAAGAAAUGGUCUAAGCCAAUUGCAGUUACUGCUGUUACAUUGGCACCGAUUUUCCUGUCAGUCCUUUGGAACCUCAAACAUGAAAAUGUUGCUGCCUCUUGUACAAGCCUGGUGGUUUACGGAAUUGGGUUUCUGUUUGGGAUAACAUUUGGGGUUCUUGCUCAUUUUUACACUGAGAAGUCAAGUCCACCAGAGCAGUGCUUAUUCGUUUGGCUUGUUGGGGGAUUCCUAAUGAGUGUGGUUUGGAGUUACAUUACAGCUCAGGAGUUGGUGGCCUUGUUAGUUUCACUUGGGUACAUAUUUGGAAUCAGCCCUUCUAUACUCGGCCUGACGAUCCUUGCUUGGGGCAACUCACUCGGGGACUUGGUAACCAAUUCGACAAUGGCUAUGAACGAUGGACCAGAAGGGGUUCAGGUUGCUAUCGCAGGCUGUUACGCUGGUCCCAUCUUCAACAUACUGUUUGGGUUGGGCAUGUCUCUAGUCAGCUCAUCCUGGCAUCGGUACCCUUCAUACAUUUUAAUCCCUAGUGAAACCUAUCUGUUGGAGACUAUGGGGUUUUUGGUGGUUAGCCUGCUUUGGACACUUGUGGUUUUGCCAAUGAGAGGCAUGAGGCUUGAUGGGGUACUGGGUGGAGGGCUUUUGGCUGUAUAUAUGAUUUCUGUUUCUUUCAGGCUGAUUCAAAGUUCAACCAGUUAGUAGCUCACACUAACUUAACAGGGUGUUCAGUGUAACUGGAUAUGGAAGAUACACCGGAUUACCGACACGUUUCCUGUAUAGCAACUAAGUUUCUCUUGUAAUCCUAAUUGCAGCACAUAAUACUAGAACUACUUUGUAAAUGAAAGAUGUACAUUUCCUUCCUUUCUGUGUAACCUGCUCUAUAUAUGAACUUGUGUAAAGCUAUUUUCAGAUUCAAAUAUGGCAUAUAGAUGCAUUAUUUUGCUCUCUGAUUUGGAUGAA